AUGGCCGGCUCCAGCAGCGCCCCGGCUUUGGUCGCGACUUUCGUUUUUGGUCUUGUUGUUCUAGCCGCCUCCGCGGCCAUAUUUUUCUUUGUCAAAGCCAGUAAAUCGCCUCUUAUUCGAGACGAGCUGAGGCUGGCCCUCUCGUUCUUCCUGGCGGCUUCGGCACUCUGGGGAAUACUCGAUUUCGCUACCACGCUUGUCCACGAAACCUCUGCCUCAGCAUGUCAGACCGUAAUCUCGUUUGCCGCCGUUUUCGAUCAAGUCGCUCGCGUUUCGGUGGAACAGUUCUUGCUAUGGGCAGUCAAUGGCGGCAUCAAGGUCACCAAGUUGUCGCUUGCUAUGCAGGGAGCUCUCCUCGUGAGAUUCAUUCUUGGUGCCAUUUUUGUGGGAGUCCAGCGUCCUCAGUUUGAGCCUGUUUGUGUCGCCAGAAACCUGAUUCUACCUAUUGGUGUCAUCGUCAUGGUGACUGAUGUUGCCAUGGUUGUGGCUCUCUCGACCAAAGUUGUUCUUGCAAAGAAGAGCAACGCCCUCAGGCCAGAGCUGACUCGUACUAACGCCUUGAUCUUUGUUACUGCCGGACUUGGCAUCUGGACUGGAUUGAGUAUUCCUCUUUUCCUUGGACUCAAGUCAUCUGGCUUCGCUGUCCGAACAAUUAUGCCUGCUAUUGGGCUUUUAAUUCUCAUUGGCGUUGUUGCCCUGUCCAUGAAGAAUUUCGUGUCGUCGCCAUCGGCUUCUACUCUAAAGAUUCAGAAAACCGUGUCAUUCGAGUCCACAACACAUAUCGAGGAACCAACACGAAGCCUCCAGGUGGCCCAGGCUUUCCCCUCGCAGAACGUUACGACAAGAGUGGCCGGUGUUCUGCCUCUUAUCAGCCAGCCAGAAACCGGCCAAGCUACCAGGGGUAUGGGCGGGCUUCCUGUUGAGGGUGAGUUGUUCCCCCCAAUGCGAGCUCAGGUAGCAGCUCCCAGAGUGCAUCACAAGAAGCAGAUGUCAGAUAAGGCUUUCAACGGAGGAAAAGUUGUCAUCUCGAAACCGAUUGUGCCCGCAGGCACCGAGCCGAGCACCUUCGAUCACAUUCCGACCAUCGACCUGGCUACUGCUGCCAUGAUGGAGCGAGAGCGCCGCGAGCAGAGACCUCUCCCCUUUUCAAAUAUCGACGCAGCGUUGGACGGAACUCGAUCUACUAGAGAAAUGAUGGACAAAAUGCAGACAUCGAAGCGGAAACCGGUCCCUCAGUCUACAUCCCCGAAGAACAGUCGAAACCUCCUUUCUGUCGAAGAGCCCUCAGUUGCCAUGACCUCGGCCGUGCAGCUCUCCCCCGGUAUGGAGGAAACAAGGAGACGAUCCCCUCGACAGCCCUAUCAGGGCGAUGGUCCCUCUCCUUCUCCGCCAAUGAUCCCAGCAAAGGAUGAGGCCCGAACGCCCAAAUCAGCUCCCCUCCAAGCUGCGACAACAGUGCUGGUGCCACCGCCAAGAUCUACCAAGAGGCCGCCUCCCAUCAAGCCAUUGCAGUCAAGAACCACCAAAGACAUCAACGCAUUGCCGGCCGUUUCUCGCUUCAGCGUCAGUACUAUGGAUCCCAUGACUGCACGGAUUACGUCGUCAAUGUUUAGUCCCCAGGAGCAGAAGUCAGCAAAAGCAGUGCCUCUGCCUCGUCAAACACUUCCACCGCCCCCACUACCCGUCUCUGAGUUCUGGGUAGACCCUCGAACGGCAUCUCUACCUCGAAGCAAUUCCGUCAAGAACAACAUUCGGCCCUCCCGUCGUGCGCCUCCGUCACCCCCGGUGGAAAAGGAAGAAGUGAAGGAGACAAAGACCCCUCUCCAGAGGAGGGCAACAGUAGGACUGCCGCAAAAUCCAAGGGCGCGAGCAACUCGGAUGUUCACCAACCAACGAAGCAAGUCUGACGGCCAACAAAUCAUGUUUUUGAACAGUGAAGAGGAGAGUGCCACUCUUCUGGUCGUGCCUGCGCCAGAAGAAGAAGUCGAGUCUCCAUCCCGGAAAUCUAUGAUUCAUCGGCCGAGACCGAUUCCUCGCAAAUCUACGGCUUCCGCGUCCGAGCUCUUGGGAAUUUCUGCGCUCCCCUCUCAGGAUGAGUUUACCAUCGUCUCUACGCCUAACCUCCCUUUGAUCUCCCCUGUGGGUGUGAAAACUUUGUCACAAAGUUCUUACGGCGCGACAUCGCCUGGAUCGCUCACCAGACGCAAGACUGUCAGAAGAACAUCUUUCGUUCCCGAUUUGCCGGCUGUUCCUGUGGAAUACCAGGGCCAGCAGCCGAAAAUUUCAGAAGAUGCUGCUCUUGAUGUGGCCGGGACAAGCGUCUGGACAGUCGUUCCAAAUGACCAAGGUUUCCAAAUGCCUAACUCUGACAACAAGUCACAACGCGCCCUCUGCGUUUCGAAAUUCAGCGUGGACACCUCUUUGACCGCUGACCAGCCUCGCUUAUCUUACAACAGCCGAUUGUCAGUCAACACUCAGUCAUCUUAUGAGGAAACCAUUGGUCGAAACUCGUCAGUUGUGUUUGCUACAGAUUUCAAAGUCACAGCAGUUUCAACGAUGGUCAACUCUCUCAGCGAGCGCCCCUUGAAGCACGAGAGUGUCGAUUCUGAGUUCUCCAUGAUGCUGAGAAACGCACCGGUACCGCCAAAAACUGCUCCUAUCGAGAACCGAGUCACCGAAGAAGACGACAGGAUGGUUGAGGCCCCCUUUGUGCUUGAUAUGUCCAAGUACGAGUCGUCAACAGCCUAUGAGAGUGAAUACCAAUCCACUGCUCAACAGAUGGUAUCAUGGCACCAUCGCGUUGGUGAAGAGCUGCCUUCAUUCUCAUCUCAGCUCAAGUACAGGAGAAGCCGAAAGCUCUUAGUUCCUAAACCCUUGGCCCUGUACAGGCCAGCCAAUGUAACUGUCGUGAUCGAAGCCGAGCCAUCACCCGUGGAGCCCGACCAGGAGGCUCUCGAUAGAAUACACGAGCAGCUCAAGAAAUUCGACUCGGAGAAUGGAGACUCUCGUGCCACCAUUAGCGAGCAGCAGCGAAUGACAAUCUUGGCCAAUCUGGAAUCUGAAAUGGGUGCUCAAGAGUCUCAGUGGCAGAUGCUCAAGGUCGACCUUGGCCCAAGUUCCCCAUCGACCAUUGUCUCGUCGCCUGGCAUCAACUCGCUACGCAGCAGCGUCGACAUUAGCAAAUUUGAGAUGAUGCCCAUCACCAAGCUCAACGGAAGUGCCGGGGAUUUGAUCGUGGCACUGAAAGAAGAAGCCAGCCAUCGCCUGUCAAAGUCUUCAGACCAAUUACUCAAGGAGGAAACACUUGAAUCUGGAGACGACAAGUUCAAUCGCCGAUCCCUCUCAGCGUCCGGACGAAUGAGCCUGAUCUCCGUGACCAACCGGUUAUCCCAGAUCGGCAGCCCUACACCCCCGGAUACUGAUGAGUCGGGCGAGGACAGCGAUAACGAUAGCAUGGUGGAAGGCACUGGUUCAACCAAAGACUUGUCUACAGCCCUGAUGCCAAGGAGCCAAGUAUCUGCAGUUACAAGCUUUUUGGCUUUGGAUGAAGUCCUGAACAGCUCGACGGAGGAUGUUGAGAGCAAGCUUGAUGUUCCAGUCGAGUUUGAAGACGUUUCUUUGAUUACCCCUAAGGCCCAGACUCCCAAGGCUCAAACCCCCAAGGCUCAACCUCCUUUGGCGCUCCCGCAGCCAGAGGAGCCCAAGACUGAGAGUGCCAAAUCUGCUGAACCCGAAACCAUCCGGUUUAGCCUGGCAGACUUGGAACAGCCUGCUCCACGACCGCGAUCAAUCACCCGACGACCUCCCCGACAGAGCAAGCGCAUCAGUGCGCUCCCAGACAUCGUCGAGAACCCAGAGCCGCUUGCCGGCAAGACCGGCUCUCUUGGCAUCUUCCAAUUCGCAUGGGGCGAAAAGUCAGACUCGGCCAGAGUCCCUCCUCGGAUGAAUGGCCUUUCCGGCACCAUGUCCAGCGGUCGCGGUCGGAUAAACCCUCCUCAAACCAUGCUUCUGGGCUCGGUUCAGGAGGCGCAGGCCAAUUACCCUCCCGCACCCGCUCAGAGCUUCCUUGACGAUGAUGAAGAAAUGGAUAACGGCCUUGACAACUACGAAGAUGAGGACUACGAUGAUGGAUUUGACGAGAACACGCUCUGGGAGAUUGCCAGCUUGCUGGAAAGCGAUCUGGACGGCUCCCGUGACGAUCUCUUCAUGGUUGGCGAGGAGGAGUAUUGGGAAGAUCAAAUGUCUGUUGCUGACGACAUUCCCUCUGCUGCAUCUCCAGUUGAAGAAGCUUCUGAGAGUGUAAAGGAGGAAGCGUAUGAUUUCAUUCCUGUUACUCUAGCUUCUGAAAACUCCUCUGACGUUUCUCAAGUGCCUACUCUCUGGACAGGCGACGUGAAGGGUCAGACAAAGUUCUUGGGCUUGCCGCAGCCCAUUGAGGGACCAUGGGAGUACGUUACUGCUGCUCCUAGGUCUGCACGUACAAUUCCCCGGAUGAUAGAGGAGCCGGCUCAGUUAUCAAGCAGCUCCUUGUGGAUGGCUGCUUCAGCUGGUGUUUCUUACACAAGUGGUCUGUGGGCUUCGCUCACGGCUCAUGAUGGUGAAGAGAAGGAGGUUAAGUCUGCCAAGAUCUCUCCAAAUGCCGUCAAGUCUCUGGUUUGGUCACUUCCGAGCCCUACAGAGGUCUCUGGCUUGGGCCUGCCCCAACCUGAUACCAGACUCUGGAACGCUUAUAUUCCCCAAGAGACACGCAGCGUCCGCAAGACAACCCAGAUGCCCCAGCCCGCGACAAUCACAUCAAAAUCGCUGUGGGCAUCGAAGCUUGCUGGAAAGCCUAGCAUGUCGAAUGGAGUGUGGUCUCCAGUGAAAAAAAGCGAAGCUAAGCUGCCAACAGUUGCUGUUGCUGCCCUGUGGUUGCCGCUCUCCUUCGCCAAUGGCACCACGGUGGGACUUCCACAACCAGAUGCCGGCGUAUGGAACUCUUACAUCACACCAGCGGCUCGCACUGUUUACAGAGCAUCUCGGAUGCCUCAGCCUGCAGUAGUUGCCUCGACAUCUCUGUGGAAAGCCAAGUCUAUCAUCAAACCCAGUACAUCAACUGGUGUAUGGAGCCCGGCACCCAAGGAGGCUACAAUCGAGGUAACGAACCUUGCCACCUUGGCUAUCGUCCCCUCAUUAUGGUCGCCGAUUUCUGCUACUCGUAACGGUGCAUUGGGGCUUCCACAGCCAGAUAUCCAGGCGUGGAAUGCAUACAUUCAACCUGGAAGCUGCGUCGCUCGCCGAACUUCUCGGAAGGAGCAGCAGUCUAAGACUCAAAGCGCUGUUAUGUGGUCUGCUGAGCCCAUGAGGACCAUUGAGUUGGUCUCUACAAAGCUGUGGAGUUUGAGGAAGACGACUUUGCUUUGGGCGCCUACUCCCUUCAGGGGUGCCAGCAUUGGUCUCCCGCAGCCUGACGUCAAGACUUGGAACACUUACAUUGUUCUGCCAGCUCGUUCGAUUCGCCACAAGGCGAAUGGUUUCAAAUACGAGACCAUUAAGAGCACCUCAUUAUGGCAGCCCUCACCAGCUGUUGUUCCUUACUCAGGAGGCGUGUGGAAGGCAAAAUCGCUACCUGUCGAGCCAACUCGUGAAUUUCACCCCGACUCCUCUUUGAAGAUGGUGAAGAAUCUUCUGUGGUCUGUAUCAUCUACAAAGACGCCUUCCGUCGGACUGCCACAGCCGGAUGCCAUGACCUGGAGCAUGUACCUCCUCCCAGCAAGCCGUAGCCAUCGAAACGCUUAUGCGCCCAGGGCCGUCAUGAUCACCAGCACAUCUCUGUGGGCACCUGAAUUGUCCACCGAGUCUCCCUCUGGUGGAGUGUGGAAGCCAAAGUCAUUGCCCUCCAAGAGUCAAGUAGCAAAGCCAUCUCAGGUGCCUCACAUUGAGCCUGCCGUAGCGGUGGUCAGGGAUUUGUUAUGGUCUUCAUCGCUUGCAAAGAUGAUUUCUUUGGGCUUGCCACAGCCAGAUGCCAAGUUUUGGACUGCUUACCUCGUUCCAGCCGGCCGUAGCCAUCGAAGUGCGUAUGUUCCUAGAGUUAUUACCAUCUCAAGCGCAUCCUUGUGGUCGCCCGCGUCCAACAUUGAGACUCAAUCGGAUGGCGUAUGGAAGCCUAAGUCAAAGGUGUCAGCUACUCAAGAGAUUAAGGCAGCUCAGAAGUCCGUCAAGGCUAACAAGAGCUCGCUAUGGACUCUUCCCCUCGCCAAAAAGACUUCAAUAGGCCUGCCUCAGCCAGACUCGAAGGCAUGGGAAUCAUACAUUCCGCCCAUGACCCGCUCUGCCUUCCGCAGAAUCUUGACCUCGGAGGUCGCUCCAGUCGAAAGCCAAUCGCUCUGGUCUCUCCCGUCUAACAAGGAGGCCGCUUCUGGCUAUCUUUGGCGCCCGAGCAAGAUGCAAGCUGAAAAGAAGCGCCCAACCGUUCAAACUGCGUUCGCAAUUCGCUCAGAGGCAACGCCCGUAUCUUCGGCCGCAGCCGAGAGCCCUGUCCCAGCCAUUGCUGCACGUGCAGCCGGCGUCCGUACUUCCACGCCCGUCCUAAUGACGCAAGAACAGUGGAAGUUGGCUUUCAAGAGAAUCUCUCAGGACGUGCAAAAGGACUCCUCCGCAGCAGCAGCUCCGUCGUCGUCGAAUCAUGUCUCCAGGCCUCGUCCCACCAGGUUGAAUCGCUCCCAGUCCGUCAAGAGCCGCCCAGUCUUCGAUCCCUCCGUCAUGGCCCUCAUCUCCGAGCUGCCUUCCCCCCGCAACCAGGGCCUCGGGCGAUCAAAGAGCAUCUCCUUCUUGCCGCCCAGCCGCAAGUAG